AUGGCGGCGCCAACGGCCCCGGCUGAAGCGAACGUUGCGGCGGCAUCGCCGCCCGGGGAGGAACCCGAGCCAGCGGCGCCGCCGACCGUGCCCCCUGCGCCCGUGCCCCGGCCGGCGCGACUGCCGCUGUCCCGGGUGAAGUCGCUGGUCAAGGCCGACCCUGACGUCAGCUUGGCCAGCCAGGAGGCCGUCUUCGUCAUCGCGCGCGCUGCGGAGCUGUUUGUAGAGACCAUUGCCAAAGAUGCCUUCGUCUACGCCCAUCAAGGGAAAAGGAAGACGCUGCAGAGAAAGGACCUGGACAACGCCAUCGAAGCGAUCGACGAGUUUGCAUUUCUGGAAGGUACUCUGGACUGAACCGAGCGAAGAGGAAUUCCUGGAAGGAACGGGACUCACGAGCCUUUCAGCCCAAGCCAGAGGCGUGGAAGGAGAUUCUGCCGUGGACGUGAAGCGAGUCGCUCUGCCCUGCUGCGUUUGAAACAGCCUCUGGACUUGGGGGCCGCCCCCAUUCUGUUCUGUAUAUAACACAGCCAUAGUGCUUUGUAUAAAGUCUGCAUAUUGGUCGUUCUUUAAAUACACACACUGUUUUCCC